ACCAGCCCCAUCGUCAUCUCGGUCUACCUGUCCAACCGCGCCUGGGACGCCGUGGACCCCUCGGGCCACCUCUGCACCUUCUUCGGCUUCAGCAUGACCGUCUUCGGCCUCAGCCCGCUCUUCAUCGCCAGCGCCAUGGCCGUGGAGAGGACGCUGGCCCUCCGGGCGCCCCACUGGUACGCCAGGCACACGAAAAGCUUCUUCGCCCCCACCUUCGCCGUCCUGGGGCUCCUCUCCCUCGUGGUGACGGUGGCGUGCAACCUGGCCACCAUCGAGGCCUUGGUGUCUCGCUGUCGGACCAAAGCGACCGCGUCGCACUCCAGCAAGCAGUGGGGGCGGAUCGCCAUGGAGACGCUCAUCCAGCUCCUGGGGAUCAUGUGUGUUCUCUCAGCCUGCUGGUCACCGCUGCUGAUAAUGAUGUUGAAGAUGAUCUUCAGCCACACGUCGUUUGAACGCUGUAGGAGAUUCUCCAGUGAAGCCGAAAGCUCAGAACUGCACAAAGAAUGCAAUUUCUUCCUGACAGCCGUGCGCUUGGCCUCCCUCAACCAGAUCCUGGACCCGUGGGUUUACCUGCUCCUCAGAAAGAUCCUCCUCCAGAAGUUCUGCCAAGCAGCCAACGCCGUCUCCAAGUGCUCGAACAACGAGUGGAAGGAAAGGUCGAUCACCUUGUCUGAAGAAAUCCGACGGACAGCGGCAUGA